GUUUACCGUCUUGAUUUCCUCUAUACCAAUUCAGAUUAGGUUAUUACUUACCCUACUUGGAACCUUGUCAAAUUAUUCGCGCCAUGACCACCUUCACCAAGCUUAGUGACCAGGAUGCGCCUAGUAUUUCCAUCCACCCAGAGAGGCGUCUUUCCAAGAUCAAUCCGAAUAUUUACGCGGGGUUUACAGAGCACAUGGGCAGGUGCAUUUAUGGGGGCAUCUAUGAUCCAGGCAAUCCACUGUCAGACGAGAAUGGUUUCAGGAAGGAUGUCCUUGAAGCUCUGAGGGAGCUCAACAUUCCUGUCGUCCGUUACCCCGGUGGAAACUUCAUGGCGACUUAUCAUUGGAUCGAUGGGGUUGGGCCGAAGGAGAAACGGCCUGCUAGACCUGAGCUGGCAUGGCUGGGAACAGAGACCAACCAGUUCGGCACUGAUGAAUUCCUGAAAUGGUGUGAAGUCCUAGGCACUGAGCCCUACUUCUGCCUGAACUUUGGAACUGGUACUCUUGACGAAGCGCUGGCGUGGGUCGAGUACUGUAACGGCACUAAAGAUACAUACUAUGCUAACCUUCGGCGGAAGAAUGGUCGCGAGGAGCCAUACAAUGUCAAAUACUGGGCCCUGGGCAACGAGACUUGGGGUCCCUGGCAGGUCGAACAGAUGACCAAGGAAGCAUAUGCUCACAAAGCCUAUCAAUGGGCCAAGGCCUUGAAGCUCCUUGAUCCCAGCUUGAUCUUGGUCCUCUGUGGACAAGACGGCACAGCUUCAUGGGACUACUACACCCUUAAGCAAUGCCUGCUUCCAGCACACUCCCCUCUUUCUACCAGCACCGUACCUCUCAUCGACAUGCACAGCAUCCAUCUAUACACAAGCUCUCCCUCCCAUCUCCCCAAUGUCACCGCCCCACUAGCCGCAGAGCGUGCCAUCGAAAUCACCUCAUCUCUGAUCGACCUCGCCCGAAUCGAGAACGGAGUUCCACCAGACCAACAUCGUCCCACCAUUUGCUUCGAUGAAUGGAACGUCUGGGAUCCCAUUCGUGCAGAGGGCAGCAAGGGUGCAGAAGAGUCCUACACUCUCUCCGACGCAUUAGCAGUCGCCGUUUACUUAAAUGUAUUUGUCAGGAAAAGCAAAGACCUGGGCAUGGCAUGCAUCGCGCAGAGCGUUAAUGUCAUCUCCCCACUCAUGACAAGCAAGGACGGCAUCACUAAGCAGACAACUUAUUGGCCUUUGUACCUGUUCUCGAAGUAUAUGCGGGGAUGGACUAUCAGUGUGCAUCUAUCUUGUGCUUCGUAUGAAGGGGAGACUUCUCCCAAGUGGGUGCGCGGAGUCAAAGAUACGCCUUGGUUGGAUGUUAGCGCUACCCUCGGUGAGGAUGGGUAUGUGAAUGUUGCGGUGGUCAAUAUUCACGAGGAAAAGGAUAUCACGAGCAACAUUGAUGGGCCGUCUGGGCCAAUCUCAAUCUUUACUGUUACUGGAGAGAGUGUCCAGGCUUGUAAUAUGAAUGGCAAAGAGGAGGUCGUUGUGACUGAGAGUACAGGGGAGGCGAAGGGACAAUUUGUGUUCCCGAAGCAUUCUUUGACGUUGCUGAGAUGGAAGCUGGCGUAAAUUGCUACUGAAGUUUACUAAAG